AUGGCGGGACCUUCUUGUUGGAAGUAUUACCUCUGGAUCUUUAUUUUCAUGUGCAGGUCGAUGUUACCUUCAGCAGGCAAAUCGCUGGAGACUAUAAUCUGGAGCUCGCAGAAUUCCAAGUUUGUGGCCGGAAAGGGCCUUGUGAUCUACCCGGACAUCGGGGACAAGCUGGACAUCAUCUGUCCCAAAGGGGACCAAACCAGAGACUAUGAGUUCUACAAGCUGUACCUGGUGAAGAGGGAGCAGGCGGAGAGCUGCAGCACAGUCCUCGAUCCCAAUGUCCUCGUCAACUGUAACAAGCCCGAGAAGGACAUCAAGUUCACCAUCAAAUUCCAGGAGUUCAGCCCCAACUACAUGGGCCUGGAGUUCAAGAAGAACGUCAACUACUACAUCACCUCAACCUCCAACGGUACAGUCGAGGGCCUGGAGAACCGGGAGGGAGGCGCGUGCAAGUACCGAGCCAUGAAAGUCAUCAUGAAAGUCGGGCAAGUCCCAAACGCGGUGAACCCCGUGGAGCCUCCAGAGGACAACGCCAUACCGGAGUCCAGUCCCAGUCCGCCUGACCAGGGUCGGAUUGGACCCCCGAUGCCAGGAAACCCUGACCACAUGAAUCAGGACCAGUCUGGCUCCUCGGACGGCAUCCUCGGCUCCAAAGUGGCCGUGUUCUCCGCCAUCGGCGCCGGCUGCAUCAUCUUCCUCCUGCUCAUCCUCCUCCUCGUCAUCUUGCUCAUCAAGAUGCGCAAGCGCUCCAGGAAAAACGCCCACUCGCAGCCGCGCCCCUCGGCGCUGUCGCUCAGCACGCUGUCCAACCCCAAGAUGCCCGGGGGCACGGCUGGCACGGAGCCCAGCGACAUCAUCAUUCCGCUGCGGACAGAGAACAACUACUGCCCUCACUAUGAGAAGGUGAGCGGCGACUAUGGCCAUCCCGUCUACAUUGUCCAGGAGAUGCCCCCGCAGAGCCCCGCCAACAUCUACUACAAAGUCUGACACGCUCCGCACAGCCAGCGACACGGUCGGGAGAGAGAAUGAGAAAGAGGAGCGCUUGAUUUAUGUUCUCGGGAAGAACACUUUCCUUUGCAUUUUGGGGACUUGAUGCGUCUUCGAGCCCGUAUUAUUUCUACCACCUGCUGCACAAAUCUGGAGAGACACACGCACUGACCAGUGACCAGCGGGGUUACGAGCUGACUGAUGAGAGAGGUUUAUUCUGUUUGUUUGGGUUGUCUGACAAUCCCCACCCGCCCCUCCUCCUCCUCCUCCUCCUCUUCCUCCCCUCACCUCCCCACCUGCUACAUCUCCCCACUGUGCUCCUGGGGGGCGGGGCUGUAGCGAACCAACAGAUGGAACUCCAGCUUCCUGGUUUGCUGUCCCCUUUAACGGGCAGGAUAUAACUUAUCUCAGUUCCCUGAAGUACAGUCUGUGCUACACCCAAUUAAACACACCAUCCCCAGCACACUAGCCAGGAACAGGCAGACACAGGCCCCGGACGCCACUCAGCCUGCAGUUUGUGUGCGAGCAUAAAAUAUGUGUGUGUAUGUGCGUGCGUGUGUGUGUGCGUGUGUGUGUGUGUGUUAGUCAGGGCUCCGCGCUGGGCCAGGAAACUCUCCAGAUAGCUCAGGUAUCAGACACAGUGUGUGAAAUAACGUGUUCCUCUCCCUUCGCACCUCUGAUGUUUGCCUUACUUACUAUUUUUGAUGGAGGAUUUCCUCGAACCCUGAUUCAGUUCACAAAGCAGUUGUAUUUUGUUAGACUUUUCCUACAAGUGCACAAUGUAUAGAGUUGAAUAGAUCAUCAUUAUCACUCCCAUCUUCUCACGACCCAUGUCAUCCAUUGUGUUUAUUACUUUUUUUUUCCUGCGACCUUUGACCCUGGACUGUUGACGUCGAGGUGUGUGUGUGUGUGUGUGUGUGGAAAACUCCCUUCUCCACUGGUCUGAUAUGAGCUUUACCAUUACUCUGGUAUUUAUGACCUACUUAUGUGUAUUUGAAGGUGUGUCCUGUGUGAGUGUGUGUGUGUGUGUGUGUGUGUGUUCGGGCAUGUCCGGACAAACUCUUGUAUCUGGGCAGACUUUACUGGCUUAAGGGUAGAAGCUACUAUAUCAUAAGGUUGAAAAACAAGACAGACAGAACUGAGGCGCCGACAGACAGACGAGCUUGAGAUCUUACAAAACCCCUUCCAGUGCUCCAGUUGGCACCGAUUGAAGGUUUUAUUGUCUCUGAUGAGCUUUCGUGGGAGAUGGUUUUUUAAGCAGCAGGCAGGUUGAUAUUUGUUUGUUCUGUCUCCUGGUGCGAAUCAAACAGUCUGCGCCUGCUGCCUGGGCGAGGGUGGGCGUUGGUUUGUGUGGUCGCCGCCGAUUGGCUGGCCUACAUAGGUAGGAUGCCCUAUAUAUAAGUUGGACGGAGAGCUACGGCUGAACGUUGGGGAUACAGUAUUGUCGGGUGCCAAUUGGCCGCCAUCUGUAGAUGAGUCAGUGGAGUGGCGUCGCCAGCGUGUGACUAAUCUAUGUGCCAUCUCCGUGCCCACACUCACCAGCCGGGGAGGAGAGAGAGCGGAUAAAGGAGAGAAUGUUCCUGUGACUUGGCUUUAACCUGCGAGGAAGAUGGCGGCGCGCAUGAGGAUGGGUGAUGGGUGAGGUGGGGGUGGGGGUGGAGGUAGUUUAGCAUUCAUUUUUCCAUCCUCUCGCCAGUUGUGCUGUGAAUAAAAAAUGCUGUGCAGAAUAUUCCUCAGUCAAGGUGUUCAGCCAGCGAGGACACUGCAGCUCAGCUAUCACACAGCCCAGGGGCAGCGGCACCGAGACAGGAUUUACUGCAGCUGGAUGUGUGCACGUGUGCGCACGCCGACGCUCGCUUUUAGGUGAGGAGGGGGCGGAUGGUGUUCGAAUCUGUCUGUGUGUAGGUGCUUCAAUGUGUGAGCGCUUAUUUGUGCUUAUAUUUGCAGUUUUUCUCUGUGUGUGUGUGUGUGUGUGUGUGUGUGUGUGUGUUGUAUGAAUGCUUCUAUGGUGUAUAGCAGCUGAACAGACUUGUUUUGGGACCUGGAACUAGACGCUCCAAAACAGUGUGGCUGCCAAAGUACAGAGCGCCGCAGUCCCAGUUAAUGAUGUGUGAGAGGAGAGGACAGGGAAGGAGAGGGGGGGGGGGGCAGAUAAGGACAGCUAUUCCUCAGCACGCAUGACACGAGCUGAUGUUUGACGCACAUGUGCACACACACACACGCGCGCGCAGACAACACCGAGAUUGACGGGUCCAGGUCUUUAUCUCCAGUCAAACGGUCAGACUGCCUGGUGAAUGUUUAUUUGCCGGCGGAGGCACCCAUCAUCCGCUGCCACAUACUAUCGCCAUAUACACUGCUGAGUUAAAAGGCAGCCCGGCUGGACGACUCGGGGAUGACUCCGGUGGCUCUUGCGUGUCGUUAACCUCGGAGUUAACAGCCUAAACAGCUGCUGGCGCUUUUGUGGUCCUGUGUUUUAACUCAGCAUGCGGCCCCUCGGUGGCCCUCUGCAAAACACAUUUAAAUCACAUAUUUUUGUUUCGGAUCGGUGCGCAUCCAUUCACCUACACCAGCCAAGGGAGUCAUUACCAAAUUACCACACACCACAUCUCAUUUUUAUUCAUCCUAGUGACCACUUAAUGUUAUUCAAAAGAAAAAAAAAAUUAAAAGGAGAUAACAAGAGAAAUGUAAAUAUAUGGAUAGAGCCCGAUUUAAGAUGUAAUUUCACCUGAACACUGCUCAUAAGAAAAAUUUAAGAUUAGAUUUUUGUAAUGGAGGAUGUUUGUAAAUAGCUGUCUUUUUAAAAGUGUGUUUUGUAUGAAUCCUUGCAUUCUUUGUCUCUGUUUGCAAUAUGUUUUUCUUUUCUUUUUUUUUUUCUUUUAGAGUUCAACUGAAUAUUGCAACGGAACACGUCUUUUUUUUCGCAGCGUCCAGUAUUGUCAAAAAAAAGUCUUUGUUACCACAUGUGUUAAAAGAGAAAAAACUGGGGGUUCAGAGUUUUAACAUCGCCAUUCAACAGGAUUUUUUAGUUGCUCAGAAACCAUUCAGAAUUGAAGCUUUUGUCACCAAACGGCUUUGAAACGGAUAGGUCAUUGAAACUAUGAAUGAUAAGGCCCCUUCCCUGUUGGAGACAGCACUUAACUCUGCAUAUGAAGACUGUGUAAUUCCACUGCCUUUGAGCUACCUACACCUUCAAACUCCAUUAUUAGAUGUAACAAAAACAGUUUGGUCCAGGAAGAUUAAUCUUUUUCUCAGUUUUAAUAAGUCUAUCGGGCUGGAUGGAGAGAGACGUAGAGCAGGAGGAAGGAGAGAAAAAGGGGGCCACGUAUGAGAGUGUGACCGCUCUGCGCUCGCCAUAAAUCAUCCGGUUUACACCACUCAUUAUCUCCCAGGCGGUCUUUGUUUUAAAGUUGCUCUCUCUCUUUCCACUUUCCUAAUUUAGCACAAGGAUGUUGGUCGCUCAUGGUUAUGAGCCUCACCGUAGGUUGAUUUCUGCUAUUGUUCAAAGCCACAGUAUUAUUUUUCAAUGUGCAUGUGUAAGCAAAACCUGUUGAAUUUGUUUCCCUUUGUUUGAAUCAUAACUGUCAAGUUUUGUUAUUUUAUUUUAUUUUUUUGCCAUUCACUUCUUUCGCCGCUUCUCAGCGUAACCUAUUGGCACCAGCUACAAUGGAAAUAACGUUCCACCAGUUUGGAAACUACCGCAUAUUGAUAAAUAAAAUUUUUCCCAUGGAA